AUGGUAAGAUUACAAUUAACCCAUGAUAAUAAUAAGAAGGACAAUGAAUCAAACCUUUUGAACAAGAUGAAUAUAGGAUAUCGUUUUAAUGAUGAACACAACAUCUUCAAGAACAUACAUGAUUUCCUGAAGCCCAAGAGUAAAGUGCCGCCCAACAGCGACACAGAAAAAGAUGAAAAUAUGGAACUGUAUCAAUGCACAAGGGUGGGAUCAUGGUCACCUUCCAAGGGUAUUGAUACUAACCACAUAGGUCAAACAGUGAAAAAAGCCAGUUCUCUUUGUGAGGACUUAACGAGCUCAGUAAGUGCACAUUCGGGUGUGAUUCAGCUAGAUAUACCGGAAGCUGCCCCCAAAGUUGAUCUUUCAGAUAGCUUUAAGAGAGGAGAAAAGUCCUCCUUUUUUUUCCCCAGCAGCUGUACCUCUUAUGAUAGUUCAAAUAGCGAAAUUAUCAACUCAUUUCCAGGCAAAGUUAUAAACCAUGAUGAUAAUGACGCUUUGCUACCGCACUAUUAUCCAUCCCGUCCCCUCAGAAGGAAUAGUCAUAAUAGCAUUGGAACAAACAGCGGAGGUAGACUAUACAGAUCUAAUCAUAUCGCAAACAUAAAGAGAAGCCGGAAAUCUUUAAAAGGAAGUAGACAAAGUCUUAGAAGAUUCAAUUCCACAGAGGUUUGUCAAAAGGCGAGUUCAGAGCAGCAAUUGAGUGGGAGCGCUCCAUUACCCACACUCAAGACCCAUCAUCCCAGAUUGUCGGUCAGUAAUAUCCCCUUCUACCAAGACGAAAGGGUGACGAGCGAUCAGUUUCCAAGGAUAACUGCAGCCACUUUGCAGAAAAUAGUUCAAAACCAAAAACACAAGCCAGAUUUUGACUGUUACUCCAUCAUUGAUUGCAGAUUUGAUUAUGAGUUCAAAGGUGGUCAUAUAGCCAACGCCAUUAAUAUAUCGUCGAGAGAAGAGCUGGAACACGAAUUUAUUCAAAAUGGAAGGAACUCUCACAAUUUGCUCAUUUUUCACUGCGAGUUUAGUUCUUACAGAGGUCCGCUUCUUGCUUCACAUCUGCGUAAUUGCGAUAGGAUGGUCAAUUACGAUAAUUAUCCAGAUCUAUACUAUCCAGAUAUUCUAAUACUGGAUGGCGGUUAUAAAGCGUUCUUUGAUGAAUUCCCGGAAUUAUGCAAUCCAAAAAGAUAUAUCGGUAUGGAUUCUUCUGAGAACCUUGUUUCUCGAGAUCAGGAAAUGGAGAGAUUCAGACAAGAUUCAAAAAGAGUGGUUUCAAGGAAUAGUUCCUUGCAUAAGUUGACCUCAGUAUCCAGUUCUAGAACAUCGAGUAUCCAGAGAAUAGGAUCUAGUCAAGAUCUGAUCAACAGUACACAGAGAAUGAAAGUCCUUGAAUCACCGACUUUUAAGUACGAAGCACCACCCAGAUUGUCGAUUGGAAGAUAUAGUAAUAGUAAUAUAUUUGGAAGCAGUGACGAUUGUUCUUCAGCCAGUAGGCUAUCAAUCGCCAGUAGUCCAAAUCUGAGUACAAACAAAAUGUCUCUGAUGGAUGAGAUGGAUAAUGAUUCAUGCUAUAGCUUUGAUGAGGGUGAUAGCACCUUCACAACGCCCGUUUUAACGAUAAGUACGCCUAAUAUCAUGCAAUCGUUGACAGAAGAUGAAAAAAAAGCAGAGCUGAACCCUGUAAAGCGACUUCUUUUCUCCAACACUCUAAUGGAAGAAGAAGGCGAAGCAAGUGAGUAA